UGAAAAUUUACGCCGACUUCUAAUUUCGUACCUUUCUUCACACCGGCGUAAAUCCACGCACAAUAUUUAUAAAGAUCGAAGGGAUCCUACAGUGAACUCAAUCAUCUCCACUUCUAGGCUUCUAGCAGCUUUUCCAUGGCCGACAGCGACUCCACAGUCUCCUCCACCAUCGCCGCCGACACAGCAACAGCAACAGCCACGCCGGAGGCCUCGAAGCAGCCGGAGACGAAGAGAUGGGCAGACGUCGCUGAAGAGGUGGAACGAGAAGAAGCUGAAGCUUCGUUGGCCGAGGCUCAGUUGGAUUCCUUAGCCAUCGACGAGUCGAGAACAAGCGAUAACACCCUCACCGAUCCCGACGACUCAAGGAUUCAAGCUGUUACAUCUGGGGAUACUCCAUAUACAUCAGCUAAGAGAUUUGAGGACUUGGAUUUAUCACCUGAGCUGUUGAAGGGGCUGUAUGUUGAGAUGAAGUUUGAGAAACCUAGUAAAAUACAGGCAAUCAGCUUGCCGAUGAUUCUGACUCCUCCCCACAAGAAUUUAAUUGCUCAAGCUCACAAUGGCUCUGGGAAGACAACAUGUUUUGUGCUGGGUAUGUUGAGCCGUGUUGAUCCAAAUAUCAAGGCUCCCCAGGCUCUCUGUAUCUGCCCUACUAGAGAGUUAGCCAUUCAGAAUAUGGAAGUGUUAUUGAAGAUGGGAAAGUUCACUGGGAUAACCUCUGAAUUAGCCAUACCGGCCGACCCUUCAACCUACAUUCCAAUUCAAAAGCGGCCACCUAUUACAGCACAAGUAAUUAUUGGCACACCUGGCACAAUAUGUAAAUGGAUGCAAGCAAGGAAACUCGCCAUGACCCAAAUGAAGAUUCUUGUGUUUGAUGAGGCAGACCACAUGUUGGCAGAGAGUGGUUUUCGAGAUGAUUCAGUGAAGAUAAUGAAGACGAUUGUAAAAGGCAAUUCGAGUUGCCAGGUCCUUCUGUUCUCAGCUACCUUUGAUGAUGCUGUCCGAGCUUUUGUGUCUAAAAUAGUUGAGGAGAUUUUUGUCCGAGACUAUAAUCAGAUGUUUGUCAAAAAGGAAGAACUAUCUUUGGAAUCCGUUAAACAGUAUAAGGUCCAUGUUCCGGAUGAGCUUUCCAAAAUCAUGGUGAUCAAAGACCAGAUACUCGAACUCGGAGAAAAGGUGGGGCAGACAAUUGUAUUUGUUCGGUCCAGGAACAAUGCUGCAAUGUUGCACAAAUCUCUAGUCGAAAUGGGUUACGAGGUCACCACAAUCCAAGGUGCUUUGAAGCAAGAAGAUAGGGAUAGAAUUAUAAAAGAGUUCAGGGAUGGGUUGACUCAUGUUCUAAUUUCUACCGACCUUCUGGCUCGAGGCUUUGACCAGCAACAGGUUAAUUUGGUCGUCAAUUAUGAUCUUCCCGUGAGAUAUGAUAGACCCACUGAACCUGACUACGAAGUUUACCUGCAUAGGGUUGGUAGAGCAGGACGCUUUGGCCGCAAAGGUGCAGUGUUUAACUUGCUUUGUGGCGACCGAGAUGACCUGGUCAUGGGGAAGAUUGAGAAAUACUUCAACACGCAAAUAGCCGAGGUAAGCCAGUGGAAUAGCGCUGAGGAAUUUCGAGUAGCUCUGAACAAUGCUGGUCUACUAUGAGUUUGAUUUUGUUCUUUAUUUGUGUACCGACCACCGUGUGAUACAUUCGGUGUCAGCUUUUAUGUCGUGAACAACCGAUUUCAAAAUCUCCCUACUGGAUAGAUACAGUUCUAUAUAUUUCUGUCUUGGGACUUGAAAUUUAAUAGAACUUCGUCGGUAUUUAUUUAUUUUUUGGUUUGUGGGGAUGAGAUGUGAUUUCUAUUGCUACGAACUGAUAUAUCUGCUGCUUUUGAGUAGUUGAGUGUGUUUUUGAGGUCGAAUGGAGUUUUGCUAUCAGACUUGUCCCAACAUCUCACGAGUGGAUAUUUUAUCAAUUGAGUUGAAUUCAUAUGGCAAUUAGCAAUUGGCCAAUCCAUGAGUAUACAUGAAGUUAUAAAGGUUGUACCUGUGAACGAACCGGAAAGUGGAUGACAUAUAUUAC